AACACAUCCAUGCCUAAUAAGACUACUUAAUGGACUCGAUCUGAAUGCGAAUGCCGUACGCCAUGGCAACUGGCAGAAAAUGACAAAGUGUAGCAAACUAUGGAGGUGAUGGCCAAAAACGGAGAAAUCCUAACAAAAAAGUAAGGAGAAAUAUGAAGACAAUUGGGUACAACAUGAGUGGAAUCAACAGACAAAUUCGCUCAUAGUCUGACAGAAAUUCCCCCAUGGAAAGAGGCGCUCGAACGAGACCGUUACCCCUGACAACUGAGAACUUGAAAAAGUUCGAAAAACAGUUCCAAAAUGAAGACAGCGGUGCGGGUAUUCGACGGAGGGUCCCGCAGAGAACGGCUGCUGACGGCCGCAGUGCUAAACGAUCUACUGGAUCCUGGCGAAGCCGCGGGAAAAAACAGGCUGAAAGAGGAGCGACCAUCACAAAGAUGUCCAACAGGGCUCCGACGCAACAUCGGCGACGAAGCAGUAAUGAAUCGUUUUACCGGCCAGCCCGGGAAUCGGUCAGGAGAAACCCCGAGGGAAUGAGUAGAAAUCCUAGUACGGUCCCUACCCCCCGUAAGCCGCCGGUACAAUACAUAAAGUACACGGAGGAGGACCUAGAUGACUACAUACCAUAUGAGGACCCUAAAAAGAUGGCGGAGAAGGAGGCUGCCAAGAGGGCGAUGGAGGAAGCCGGCAAUAAGGUGGUGGAAGAAGACAGUGAUGCUUACGUGACAAGUACUGCGCCUUCCACCCCCGUGACUCCCGCGCCACGGAAGAAGGCCUACAGUACGACGGACGGCUCCGUCCGCACUAGCAGCUCCGCAGAUUCCGGUGAUGAUGAUCUGGAUGAGAUAUUAGGCGACGAGGAUGACGAUGAUGACGAGGAGGAGGAGGACGAGGACAAGGAGACGACAACACGUCUUGGAACAACAACUCCUGGAAACAAAAGUCAAAUUUCCGAGAAAGGUAGACAAUCUGGAAAAAGUCAAUUGUCCAAGCAAAGUAGACUAUCUGGAAAAAGCCAGAUGUCCAAGAAAAGUAGAGCUUCUCGUACAAGUCAGAUUUCCAGGCAAAGUAGUGUAGUAGAAAGCGUUAGCAGUAUACCUACUAUCGCUUCUGUACACGAAAGCGUUAUAAGUGUGGACGAGAAACCACCUUCGGUCGCAAGCUCUGUUCCAUCUUAUGUCCUGAAUAAAAAUGAAUUUGCAAUGAAGAAAUUCGCAAACGAACAAGAGAGAAAAAGAGCUAAGGCGGGUAGAAGUCUUACUCCUGAGAGUUCUAUCUCUGCAUUUAGCAAUGGGACAAGGUACUCACGGUCAAGUGUGAGAGAGCAGGCCACUGCCACAGUCAUGAGCAAAGGGUCUUACAUUACCAUCAGGAACUGGACAAGGUGGAGCAACUAUAGCGGAGGCGGGUAUAGCAUCUCAAACAGUAGGCCACCAAGUAGAAGGAACCCAAGAGAAACUAAGACUAAUACUCCACGGAGUAGGAGAUCGAAUUCUAGGAAGACACCGAAAAGCAAGAAAUCCAAUCUAUCUACAGCUGCUUCUGAUCAGUCAGAACGGUCCAAGUCCAUUGCUUCUCAUGCUAGUACUAGUUUAAGUCGAAGCUCAAGUAAGCGUAGCUUAGGCAGACGAAGCAAUGAGUCGCGCAAAAGUGGACGAAAGAGUGUAGGGCUUGGAGGUGUGCUACAGAUUAGUAAUUACGCCAUGAGGUCGGAGCCGAAUCUUCGCGGGCGUAAGAAGUCUAGGGCUCUUGUGGUGGAUGAGGACAUAUCGAGAUCAAGGCCAACAAGUCGACCGGCUAGGGUAAGCGUGACAAGGAGCGCUCUUCGGUCACGCAAGGGUAACCGUACUCUAUCACUCCCAGCUUUACCGAGAAGUAACGCUAAUGUCACGCAAAAGCCGCGUAGUAGACUGUCAAGCCGACACAAAACCGAAGCUCUUCCAAAGAUCAAGCCACAAUCUAGGCAAUCAACGGCAAAAGCACCACAACCGAAAAAGAAGAACUUAAAAACUGUGAGUAUGAAACCAAAAGAGAUGGAAAACGACGUUUAUGGUUUCGAUUUCACAAAUAGAAAGAAAAGAAUUCCUAGACUCAGUACAAGGCCUGCGCGAGAAGCGACAAGCUUUAGCUCUCGUGCCUCCGUCGUAGAGCCGAGAAGAAGGCCACGAAAAGGCGACAAGAACGCGAAAGAACCUCGACCGGACGCAGAUGCGAUGUCGACCACGUCGAGACGAUCACAAAAGACCCAACGACAAAUAGAGCAAAAGAAACAAGCAAAGAGAAUCCCGUCUACUGCAAGGUCUAGCGCCAUGUCCUCGUCAAUAUUAUCCAGCCAAUCACGGGCAAGCAUGUCUACCACAUCAACCGCCUUCGUCCCACGUAGAAGUAGAAGUAAGCAGCUGCGCCCGCUGUACAUAGACGACUCAGGGUUUUUGAGCGACCGCUGUCUCUCAAGUAAGACAAGCAUGCGUCCUCCUGAGACUCCAUUCAGCUACCACAGCUCCAAGACGAGGCGAAGCGUGAGCCUGCGAUCUGUGGUUACUGAGUACAGCAGUUAUCCUAGUCGUGCCAUGAGCAGUCGGUUUAGCAGCCGCAGGGGGUCUGAAGCCAGCUUGUCCUUAUACACUAGCUCAGAUGAGGAAAAUACAACCAUUGGUCCAACAGCGACGACUGUUGAGCAGCCAAAGGACGAUAAGAGAACUAGACAGGGACGGAAAACCCCCGCACCAAAACAAGAGAAGUCUGCUGGGCGAGUCAGAAAGAGCGCUGGACCCUCGAGCAAGGAGAAUGUCCAAGAGGAUAGCAGCGGCUCAGAUUCCAAGAGACUCAUACUGCCGCCUAUCAGCCCUACCUCAUCUGGGAAGUCAUCUCCGUACGCUGCGUCCAUGCGAUCAAUGGCCUCGUCACGGAAAAGUGAACUUACACAACUUCUAGAAGAAGUGAAAGAAAAGCAGAGAAGGAAGCAAAGAGGUGAAAAAGAAGAAACGGCGCAGCAAAAGGAGAGGAGAGAACGACUGUUUAGAAUUAACCACCCGAUGCCAAGCUUCCAGGAGGCAUACCGAGACCACGGAAUGUCGCGGUUCGUCAAGUUAGCCAGGCCAAAGGAGAACAAGGCAGUAUGGAUGACAAGUUUUUGGCCAAUCAACUGGGGAGAUCAGUCGAUGAUGUGGCCAGUCUCCAAAAAUGCACUAUCAUAUAAGGGCACGCCACGACUAGAGGAGCUCGCUACGCCCAAGAAAGACUAUCGACUAGACCAUCCUGAUAGGAUACCGACGGAAUCGUACGAUUUCAGCUGUGGACGUCCGUCUGUAAUUCUUAAAGUUAACCCACUCGCGAUGAAAGCAGAGCCCAGUGACCGCGUUGUUGAGCUCGCAAAGCCGAAACAGACCAUUCCAGAAUUCGAGGAACGAGUCCAGAGGGAUAACUACGUGUUCAGCUGCGGUCGCAGCUCUCCCAUUUGGGCCGUGUCACUUGGCGCCAAAACGGCGGAGGAACGGGAACGAACCAUGCAACUCGCGCAGCCCAAGAAACCGGAUGCGCGAUAUCGUCCCUGCAGGGACCCCAUAUGGCCCGUUGCAGAAGCCGCGAAACGCGGAUCACCUACUCCCCGUGUGGAAAAUUUGGCGCGUCCCAAGACUCGUCCCGACGGACCUUUCCGAGAGCCUAUGUGGCAAGUUUCGUCGGCUAGUCGGAGAGCCGUCGCGUCUGCCCGAGUACAAGAGCUUGCAAAGUCGAAACAGUUGGCAGAGGGAUAUCAGCCUUGCCGCAACGUGGAAACGCCUGUUCCGAAGAGCGCUUUGCGAGCUAUAGCGACAGAUCGCACGCAGAGUUUAUCAAAGCCUGUGGUUCGAGAGACUAUGGACCAUGUUCAGUUUAAUCCGGACGCUUUUAGAGUCAGUGAAACUGCGCUACGAGGAAGAGUCCCUGACCGAGUGCUGGAACUUGCGCAACCCUUCUCUAGAAAGUAAACAGUUUGAUGUCUGCGUCAACCCUUCUCUAAGAAGUGAACAGUUUGAUUUCUGCGAUAACCCCUUCUCCAUUAAGUUGGCGGGUUGGAGUCGCAAAUUUGGCUAAAUACCCAACCCAUGCUCCAUAGCGGCCAUUUUGAACGGCAGCGAAAUUCAAAACAUUUUGUCAAAUUCGUAUUUUAGUUUUCCAGAAAUUGCAUAAAUUUUAGCCUUGAUUUUUUCCAACUUCUGCAUAACGGAGUUUUUUUUUCAAUUUAAAAAACCUCAGUUUUCUAGAAUCUAUUUAAUAAAAACAAAUUAUUAAUAUUUAUUAAAUAUAGAUCUGUUUUAAAGAAGUCUGCCAUGGGGGGGGGGGGGGGGGGGGGGGGUAUUAAUUGUUCAACUGAACAAACACCGAUAUGGUUGUAAAAAGUUUGAUUUUUCCCGAAGUUUGUUACACUGCCUUUCCAAAAGAACAAAAAAUAAUAUGUUUAUUCGUUAGUUUAUAUUAAUUUGCAAGAAAAGAGUGACAAAAUAAAGAAGGAACUAUGGUUUUUACUAUCAAGAUAUUUUUUGUGAAUUUCUUUUAUUGCCACAAUAAUGAAUAAAGAAAGUGUUAAUUAA